AUGGCCUCAGAAGACUUUGAUCGUGGCAUCGAGACCGCCCGUGCCGUCUGGGACAAUUGGCAAACGUGCGGACUACAUUUCGGCCAACACUUGACUGCAAUGCCACUAGGAUUUCUACCCGAACAAAACUUGCCUCCCGGUCACCAACUUCGCCAAUUUUCACCGUCAGACAUCGUCGCGCCAUCUAUUCUUGAACCAACGUCGUCGCAGCACCCUACGCCUGGAUCUGGUUUGGUUCUUGUCAACUCCGUUCUUGCGCACGGUGUUCAUGCGUAUGAGCUUCUUAUACGUGCUUGCCGACAGACCGACAAACCCGAUGCUUGGCUUGGGUUAUAUGCAUUCGUGAACGGACAUGCCUUGCCAAUACCUACUCCAGUCGUUUGGACGAUUGACAUGGCCUUUUCUUACGCUAGUCCAGGAGUCAUUGUCGAGCGUAUCGAUACGGGCGGCGACACUAGUCACCGGCAUUUUGCACGACUACUGGAACCCUUGAUGCAGUGUGACUCUCGCAUGGUCUUUCGCGCAGAGAUGAUGGGCCAAGAACCCUCCCAUUCACUCACAUUGUUAGUGCUCGUACCCAUGCACAUUGUGCGCCCGGGCGUUAGUAAUCCGCCGGAAUACGACCAGGAUAUGUUGGAGGACCUAUAUGGCGAGCUUUUGGAGCAGGACGGCAUCAUAUCGCCCACGCAAGCUGGUAGAGGGUCUGUCUGUCUCCUACCUGUGUACUCGCAGGCUGUCGCAGAGCUAGAUGAGUCCAAACCCAUCGACGCCGAAACUGUUGACGCCGACGCCGGCUUCGUUGGUGCGGAAUCGGGCAUCACCAAAUCCUUUGGCGACAGACUCAUUUGUGUGUUUGCACUCCGGCGCGUUCUCACCAGUGUGCUUACAAAGGUCAAGUCUUUGCUGAAAGACCGCACAAAGAAGACUCUCGAGGUGCACAUUUUGCGCGAAGUCACAGUGACGGUACGCCCAGCGGAUGACAGAUGA